AUGGCGGACGAAGGCAUCGAUCGCAAGGCGGAGGAGCGCAUGGAGUUCUCCACCUCCAAGGAAGUCACCGUGGCACCGACAUUCGAGGCGAUGCACUUGAAGGAAAACCUGCUGCGCGGAAUCUACGCAUACGGAUAUGAGUCUCCCUCUGCCGUGCAGUCGCGAGCGAUCGUUCAGAUCUGCAAAGGAAGAGACACAAUCGCUCAGGCACAGUCGGGUACCGGAAAGACGGCCACCUUUAGCAUCUCCACGCUUCAGGUCAUCGACACAGCUGUGCGCGAGACACAGGCUCUCGUUCUGUCGCCAACCCGUGAACUCGCUACUCAAAUCCAGUCUGUCCUCCUUGCACUCGGCGACUACAUGAACGUGCAGUGCCAUGCAUGCAUUGGAGGCACAAACGUGGGCGAGGACAUCCGCAAGCUGGAUUACGGUCAGCACGUCGUUUCAGGAACACCAGGAAGAGUAGCAGACAUGAUUCGCCGCCGCAAUCUCCGCACGCGCAACAUCAAGAUGCUCAUUCUUGACGAGGCCGACGAGCUCCUCAACCGCGGUUUCCGUGAGCAGAUCUACGAUGUCUACCGAUACCUCCCACCAGCCACGCAAGUCGUCGUUGUCUCGGCCACACUCCCAUACGAUGUCCUGGACAUGACCACCAAAUUCAUGACCGAUCCAGUGCGCAUUCUCGUUAAGCGUGAUGAGCUGACACUGGAAGGCUUGAAGCAAUACUUCAUCGCAGUCGAGAAGGAAGAGUGGAAAUUCGACACCCUUUGCGAUCUUUACGACACCCUCACGAUCACACAAGCCGUCAUUUUCUGCAACACGCGACGCAAGGUGGACUGGCUGACCGACAAGAUGCGCGAUGCGAACUUCACGGUCUCGAGCAUGCACGGCGAGAUGCCGCAGAAGGAGCGCGACAGCAUUAUGGGAGACUUCCGCCAAGGUAACUCCCGUGUGCUGAUCAGCACGGACGUGUGGGCUCGUGGGAUCGAUGUUCAGCAAGUCAGUCUGGUUAUCAACUACGACUUGCCUUCGAACAGAGAGAACUACAUCCACCGUAUCGGAAGAUCGGGACGAUUUGGGCGCAAGGGUGUGGCGAUCAACUUCGUUACGAGCGAAGACGUGAGGAUUCUGCGCGAUAUUGAGUUGUACUACUCGACCCAAAUCGACGAGAUGCCGAUGAACGUGGCAGAUCUCCUGACUUGAGAGGAUCCUUGCAACCGAACUCCAUCUCACAGCGAUUCCUCCGGCCAUGAUGUUCGCCUCUAUCAGCGAACAGAGAAAAGCGACUCGAGGACUUCAGAUUUCAUUAUUGGCGCUUUCAAGCGGUUUGAUCGCUUCUGUUAUAUGCAGGCGCAAGGCCACAAGGGAUGGAAAUGGGCAAAUGUAAUGAAUACUCAAGAAUGCCCAAGACCAGAUUCCAGAUUGGCUACUGCGAUUUCGCUGUCUCAAGCCCACUUUGCCGCGUCCCAAGAUCUACUCCGCCAGCAGCUGAACCAGCAUGACGCGCCGUCGUCACCAGGAAGCGAUCGUCACGAGCAGGUGCGUGAUCGAUUUGCACCCGUCUUUGCUGACAGCAGCCUUUCGUCCAUCGCACCACGCCCUUAGAACUUCUCGCGAUGUCUGCGCCUGCACUCUCAGCAUAUGCAGGUGCUCCAGUGGACACAC